CUAACCAAUCAUAAAUUGAAAAUUGAAACUAUAUUUGAGAAAGUUCAGAAAGUGCAACGUUAAAAGAACAGAUGUCAUAGUACUGCUGACUAAUUUGACACAUCAGUUCUGUAGUGUUUAUAUUAUAAUCGAAAUAAGAUACAAGUGACAGUUGUAAACGAAAAAAUGAUUAAAAUAACACAGGAUAUUAAUCUGGAUAAUUAUACGCUUAUUCUGCCGUCAGUUGCAGUUGGUAACGUCGGACAACUGUCCGUUGAUUUGUUAAUCUCUAACCUUAAUCUUCGAAAAAUUGGUCAAGUUUUUAGUACUGCAUUUGUACCUAUCGUCGGCGCGAAUGCUUAUGAUGAAUAUUCAAAGGAACUUAUUACGGCGAUCGACAUUUACGCAGGAAUUAAGGAACGUCUUAUCGUCAUACAAAUCCGCUCGCCGUAUGUGAAUAUCUUAACACAAUUUUUCAACGAACUGGAACAAUUCGUCGUUGAGAGAAAAAUAGCUAAAGUAAUAAUUUUAGCCAGCAGUUAUGAUCAUGAAAAAAAGGAAGUCCUACCGCAACAUUUAAAAUUGAGAUAUAUUGCUUCCCCUAAUGUACAUUCAGAAUAUGGAAAAUUAUUUCGUGAUCUCAACUGGAUAGAGCAUAAACUACAGACUGUAUCUGAUAUAAACAGAGAAGAAAGAUUACAUAUACCAGGAGGUGGCUUUGCUAUGAAUAUUUUUGAGUUUCUCUCCAAUGCCAACAUUUGUUGUUCCAUUUUAUUCAAAUUUUGUUCUGAAGGAGAUAAUAUCAUAGAUGCAAUAGCUUUAGUAUGCUACUUAGAUCAGUGGAUACAAGUAUUGGGAUCAAGUAGUGAUAGCAGUAAUAACAGCAGUUUAAAGUAUCCACCAUCAUGGAAACACUUAUUUGGAAAACCACCUCAAUAUGAUAUGUAUUAAAUAUAUUAUAAUAUAUAUUAUAUUCCUAGUUCCAUACUAUGUAACAAUAUUUUUGCUAAUCUUUAAUAAAGUCUGGUACAAUAUAUGAGACAA